CCUUCCCGGCUCAGUAUCAAGACAGACACCGGUGCGCGCACAGCCCAGAGCAGCAGCCUCCUAUUGGUCAGAACCAGACCCGAGCUGUGGUGCGUAACGACGCGCGGUGGACACGCACGGCUCCUGGCACAGAACACACCGACAAACCUCCCGUGGACUUUUCAAGUGAUUGGAUUUACACGAGUUUUUCUUUUGUUUGGUAUCACUGACUUGGUUUUUACUUUAUAUGCCAAAGCUGGGGGAACCCACUGGAAGACAACGCAGUCCCGUGCGAGCCUUCGCAGUUUUCGCCACGAUAAUUGGUUAUCGGAUGGACCAGCAUCCCAGCGCCCGGAGCUGCACCAGUCGCGGGGCUUCGUCCUGCGAGGCCGUCCCGACCGAGCCCUCCAUGAAUCUCUACAUCCAGUCCACCACCGGCACCCGCUUCGAGCUCUCCCUGCCCCUGGAGGAGACCGUGGAGGGACUGAAGAGGAGGCUGUCGCAGAGGCUCAAAGUGCCGAAAGAGAGACUCGCACUGCUGCACAAAGAAACGCGACUAAGUUCAGGCAAACUCCAGGAUCUUGGCAUAUCUGAUGGGAGCAAGUUAACGCUUGUACCAACUGUUGAAGCAGGAUUAAUGUCGCAAGCAUCAAGACCAGAACAGUCCGUAAUGCAAGCCUUGGAGAGCUUGACAGAAACUCAGGUCAGUGACUUCCUGUCUGGCCGCUCCCCCCUCACCCUCGCGUUGCGUGUAGGUGAUCACAUGAUGUUUGUCCAGCUGCAGCUGGCGGCGCAGCAGUCUGGCGGCCCCCAACUCCAGCACAGACACCUCAUCACCCGCGGCAGCACGGAGACGCCAGCGGGACCGCCCACAGGGCAGCCCCGUGUCCCCCACCCUCACCCGCAUUCCCACAACCUUCCCCAUCAUCCACAUAGCCAGCCCAGCCCCCACUUGUCCCAGCCUCACCCGGUACCUUCCUCCCCAUGCUCCCCGGCCUCUGCUUCCUUCCCCCUGCCCUCCACGCACCACCAGCCGCUCCCUCCCAUGUACCACCAGUCGCCCUCCCCGGCUCAUUGUAGCCCUCCUACUCCUCCUCCUCCGCCCCUCUCCCCUCGCCCGACGCACAACCCUGAAGGUCUUUUCCGCUCACCAGCUCAUAACCAUCACCACCAUCACCACUACCAACAGCCUACUCCAAGCCAACCCAGCCAUGACAUCGGCCAGGCCAGCCCUGUAGCCCCGGUCCUCUGCCCUGAGGCUAACUGCAGCCCCAGCAGCCCUACCAGUGGCUCCAGUCCCUCGACACGCUCCCGUAAACCUGGCGCCAUCAUUGAGAGCUUUGUCAACCACGCUCCGGGAGUCUUCUCAGGGACCUUUUCAGGCACUUUGCACCCUAACUGCCAGGACAGCAAUGGGCGUCCGAGACGAGAUAUCGGUACCAUCCUGCAGAUCCUCAACGACCUCUUGAGCGCAACACGCCACUACCAGGGCAUGCCACCCUCCCUAACCCAGCUUCGGUACCAGACCCAGUGUGGCUCGCCCACUUCCGCGUCCCCGUCCCCUUCCCCCUCCCCACCUCCCUCACCUCCAGUUGCUAGCGUGACGGGCCUCUCUGCCAAAGCUACCUCUGUGCCUGCCGUCAGCCCCAGCGGCCCUCCGCCGACUCUUCAUCCGCUGGUGCAGUGCCAGAGCCAGAUCCGCAUGUGCAAACCCCCUGGUGACCGCGUGCGUCAGACAGAGAACCGUGCAACCCGCUGCAAGGUGGAGCGCCUGCAAGUGUUGAUGCAGCAGAAGCGCCUGCGCAGGAAGGCCAGGCGGGACCAGCGCGCCCCUUAUCAGUGGCUGCCCAACCGCAAGGCCGGGCGCAGCAACAGCAACAGCAGCAUGUCCAGCGAGGGCUCCAUGGACCUGGACUUUGACGACUCAGUGUGGAAACCAGACGUCAAGGCUGAUUUGAAGUCUGAGUUCGUCAUGGCCUGAACCGUCUGAUCCCAGCACCCUGGAGGGGGAGGGGCAGAUUCAAAGAUGUGCAAAGCUUUGCUUGGGAUUUACUUAAAGAUAUAUUUUGAGGGACUGGAUUGGCAGGAGAACGACAGAGAUCUGUGCAAAGCGAAAAAUCAAGGUUGUCCGUGUGACUGGCUUCUCUCACACGAAAAAAAAGAGGCUCCCUGCAGACUUUAAUCCCAUCCUGUCCUUCAUAGUUGACCUUGUGGAAAAUACAGCAACAGCAGCAACAGUACUUUCUUGCCGUGCUUGGAUUUGGACAGGCAACAACCGGACUUAACAGUGUAUAAGACUUUUCUAUGGUUUGAUCACAGAGACCUUACCUGAACUUGAGCAUAGCAGAAUUCAGUGGGUGGUGGUGGUGGUGGUGGUAUUUUCAGAUUUUCUUGUUCAAAGUUUUUUCUCUGGACAGUAAUGAAGAGAUCCACACUGGACUUAUUAAGAGAACAGGAGCACCAGAGGCCUCAGUGUUUCCUAAUCGAAAGAAAGGCAGAACUGCCAAACUAUGGAUUAUUCCGACGGGCAUUCUUAUCGAUUUCAAAAACUCACCAACCAGAGUCCAGUUUUUACCUGUUAUUGGGUGGUUAAACUUCUUUUUGUUUUCCUUUUCCAUUUUGAAAACAUACUAUUAUAUUUUAUAAACAAAAAAUAUGUAGCAUUGUUCACAAAGCAUUCAGGUUUUCAUAUAACAGUUGAGAGUGGUUGUUGAUUUCCUUGAUUUAUAACAGCCGGUCAAAGUGUGCAAGGAGGGGAGGAGGUGGGGCCUGACAUAGAAUAAAAAAAAAGAAAAGAAUAUGGAAGUAUUGAUAUCAACCUCAGUGACAUAUGGUAUCGAUAGGAAUGAUUAAUGAACAAAUAAAAUGAAUUAAGAUUAACAGAAAGUGCUUUAGAGGAUUUUAAAAUCUUUAAAAUGUAUAUGGAUAAAAAAAUCUAUUUUUAUUUCACUUCCUAUCUGCUGUUUUCAAAAAACAGCAGCCCUCUGUGGCUUUAGUCCAGUCGCUAGACUACCGACAAAUAACAUCCAUUCAAUCAUCCAUUAGCGCAUUCAUGAUUUAUAGUCGUCUAGACGCAACAAAAUGAUACGGAGAGACAACUUUCAUCCAGCCCGCCUCAUGUCUCACAGACCUGAAUGGACCUGUUGAGGGUUUUGUAUUACUUUUGUGUACAUAAAUGUGACAAUUGGCAAAGGUUUAUGAGGGUGUGUGUGUGUGUGCCUGUGUCUGUUUGACUUUAGUGUAAUUUGAUUUAGAAAUAUCCCAUGUUUUUGUCUGGGUUGUCUUCUCCCAGGUGACUCCAUAGUUUCUCAAAAUGACAAAGAACAGCUGCAGUGAGUGCGGGCGUCACAACUUAAUAUCAUACCAGGAUCAAACUCCAAAUUCUGAGUCUUUUAGGCACGUUCGAUUCGAUAGUGGCUAUUUUUCUAUUUGCAUAGAGAAGAGGUGGGAUCUGUAUCCAGCAUCAAUAUCUAGUGCCUCCACCAGUACAUCCAUUGACAUAUCAGGUUAGGCCUUUCACAGUUUUGCUGCUACACAUGGGGAUAUCAAAUGAAAAAAAAAUAAUGAUAACAAUAAUAAUACAAGCGGGAGGGAAACGGGACUUUUCUUUGCAUGCAGAAGUGUGAAAUUAACACGGAUGUUUUUUUCUAUUAAUGGCAGAAAAAAAAAGAAACUGGUGCUGUGGGAAUGAAGGUUAACAACAUGCAUGAGUUUGUGAAGAAAAUAAACAAUGCUGCUUUUGUUG